CUAUAAACUCAAUGCUUUGUAGGGCGUUAUUGAAAAUUAUUUUCUUUUAUGUUCUAUUAAAGAUGGCUCUGCAUCAACCAAAGGAUCUGAAUCAGCUGGUCCUCAUUCAAUACCCUGGGAGCGUGUUUCCAAUGCUGACGUGCAAGUCGAUAUAUUUAGUUAUGCCGUAAAAGACAGAGAGCCAAGCUUUCAACGAGAGCUAGCUGAUGAACUAAAUGAUGAAGAAUCAGAGGAUGAAGAAUUCAAAACAGCUUUGAAUGCCAUAGUAACAGAAGUCAAACAGGACUAUACCUUAAUAGAAGCAAAAUCAAGAAUGGAGCCGUCAUCCCCGAAAAAAGAGCAAAAGCCAUUUCAGUUUCCUCGGCCAGCAGCAUCAAAGCCACCUGCUGGUCUUCAAAACAAACCUGCACCAGGACAAGUGAAAAAGAAAGGUCAAGCUGGGCCAACAAAAAAACCUGUUGUAGGGAAGAAAAAGGCAGGCAAGAAACCAGCAAAACAGCAAUCAAAACCUUCAAAUAAAACUGCAAAACCUAGUAAAGGAAAAGCAGACGCUUCGAACAAAGUCAAUGAACUGGAAAAAACAGAGGACGUUAGUAAAGCAAUAACAGUGGAAGUAGAGAAACCUGAACCUGAACCUGAACCUGUCAGAGUUGACUCAGAAACAGGUGAACAUGAAGCAGAAGCUUCAGACAGAACUAUUGUUUCUUCUACUUUGUCGAGAGUUACUUCAUCCAGAGUUUCCUCUAAAGCUUCAGAUGAGUUAACUGUAAGGAAGAACGAUUCACCAACCGAAAGUAACACGACUUCAGUUACUGCCGAUAUACCAGUUCUUGUCCCUAAACCUCCCGAGCCACAACCUGUUGAUAAAGAACCAGAACCAGAGCAGUCUCCAUCACCGGUGGAGCAAAAACCAGUCCAGGAGUCUAGGGCAGCUAAGAGGGCGGCAGAACGAGCUGCUGCUGCAGAACGAAGACGUCAAGAGGUGGAACGUAAGCGAAGAGAGAGAGAAGAGGCCAAGAAACGAGCCAUUGAGGAGGAGGCCAGAUUAGAACAGCUGCGACUUGAGGCAGAAGAAGAGAUGAAGAAGAGAGAGGAGGAACGAAGACAAAGACGAGAGGAAAAGGAAGAAGCCAAACGGCGUGAACGGGAUGAAGAACUAGAGAAAGAAAGGCUGGCCGACAUGAAAGCUGAACGAGAACGCCGUGCUAAAGAAGACUGGAAGAAACGGCAACAACAAGUGUUAGCGCACAGAAAACUCGAGGAGGAAUUACGCAAAGAGCAAGAGAAGAUUGAGGCUGAACUCGAGGCAGCGCGGCUCAGAGAGGAGGAAGAACGAAUAAAAGCUAUGGAAGAGUCGGAAAGGAUAGCAUUCCUGAAGAAAAUGCGAGAGGAAGAAGAUGAGUUGAGACGAAGACUUGAAGUACAGAAACGAAAAGAAGAGGAGGAGAGGAGAGUUCGAGAAGAAGAACAAAGACAACGGGAAGAGGCUCUCGCAUUACUACGGCAAAAGCAGUUACAAAGACAUUUAUUUAUUGCAGGAAUCUUAAAAGAAAGUCAAUAUCUUGCUUUAUGCCAGCGACUAACAAAAGCAUUUACUUUUUCAUAUUUUGACCUUAUUCCAUGGAAUCAUUUGCAACACUUGAAUCCGCCACCUUCGCCUGUCCGUGAUCUUUUACGUUCAGUAAAGGAGAACAUUCCUCCUACAAUUGUGGAGGAAGAUGAAGACGUAGAGGAGCAAGAAACAGAUUAAAACGGCUUGAGAAUUUAGUUAUUUAUUUCACAAACUAGUUUUUGGAGGAAAAAGCUCUAAAAAAUUACGAAAAUCUUGUACAGUAGCAUAGUGUUUCAUCUUUUUGUUGUCUUGUUGAACAUAAUAUUUCUUAUACUUACUCUUUUCGAGGAGCCGAAAUCGCCAUUUCAUACGAGCAACAAUGAUUCCGUAAUCUUUUUACAAUCAAUCAGAUGUAUAAAUAAAAGAAUAAUAUAGUAUA